UGGGCACGUGUAAGUUCUUCAACAAUUUCACACGGUUUCGGUUGCCAUUUCACAAAGCUCGCUCUCUCCCCAAUCGCAGCCAUCUCUGGCAAAAACUUUCCGUCGCUUUCUUGGUUUUCUCCCCUCUCUAAUCUCCGAUCCUUCAAUUUCUCCAGGAUCUAGGGUUUCUCCCGCUUCCUCACCCCUUAAAAAAUAAUCCAAACUGCAUUGAAUCUCGAAACUCAACUUCUUCGAGCUUCGAUUGUCUGUAGGGUUCUUCUGAUUUGAUAAUUGUGAAUGAGAGAGAAGUAAGAGGGAUCGAUUCUAAUGAAUAUGGAGAUCGGGACAGAUGCGGCGUUGUUUGACGCCGAAAUUUUGCAGCUCACGGAGGUGUCUCCUCUGACCCUCAAAUCGAACCCGGCCUUCGUUGAGAAGCUCUUUGAGCAGUGGCUCUCGCUCCCCGACUCUAAUCGGCAGGUAACAUCAUUGGUCAACGAAGCAAAGGCAGGUGGUCCCUUGAAUGUCCCUGGAAACUCUUCCAGUCCACAUGCUUCCACAAGCAAUAUUUUGCCUUCAAUGUUUCCUGCAGGAAGUGCCCCUCCGUUGUCACCAAGAAGUAUAUCUGGUUCUCCUCGGAUAAUGAAGCAGAGGGCAGGUCCCUCAAAUUUAGCUUCACCCCUGAAAGUGGUUAGUGAGCCAGUUAAAGAAUUGAUACCUCAGUUUUACUUUCAAAAUGGGCGUCCACCUCCAAAUGAGCUAAAAGAGCAAUGUUUAUUUAGAGCGAAUCAGUUUUUCUCUGGCCACCUGAAUGGACUGCAGAUGCAUGAAUUUAAAUCAGUUACUAAGGAUGUCUGCAAGCUACCAUCAUUCUUCUCCGCAUCCAUUUUCAGAAAGAUUGAUAGUAAUAGCUCUGGUUUUGUGACGAGGGAUGCAUUUCUCAAUUAUUGGGUAAAUGGAAACAUGCUGACAAUGGAUAUAGCAACCCAAAUAUAUACUAUUUUGAAGCAACCGGAUGCUAAAUUUCUUACCCAGGAUGACUUCAAACCCGUGCUUCGAGAACUUUUGGCAGCUCAUCCAGGGUUGGAGUUCUUGCAGAGCACACCAGAGUUUCAAGAAAGAUAUGCUGAAACUGUAAUAUACAGAAUAUUUUACUACAUAAAUAGAGCUGGGAAUGGUCAUCUUAGCCUCCGGGAGCUGAAACGUGGUAACUUAAUUGACGCAAUGCAACAUGCAGACGAAGAAGAGGACAUCAACAAAGUAUUGAGGUACUUCUCUUAUGAACAUUUUUAUGUUAUAUACUGCAAGUUUUGGGAGCUGGAUACGGAUCAUGAUUUUUUGAUCGACAAAGAGAACCUUAUCAGAUAUGGUAACCAUGCGCUUACCUACCGGAUUGUUGAUAGAAUAUUUUCUCAGGUUGCAAGGAAGUUCACUAGUAAGGUUGAGGGAAAGAUGGGGUAUGAAGAUUUUGUGUACUUCAUACUGUCAGAGGAGGAUAAAUCAUCUGAACCUAGUCUUGAGUAUUGGUUCAAAUGCAUUGAUCUGGAUGGAAAUGGGAUUCUUACACGGAACGAAUUGCAAUUCUUUUAUGAGGAGCAGUUGCAUCGAAUGGAAUGCAUGGCCCAAGAGCCCGUGCUCUUUGAGGAUAUAUUGUGCCAAAUAAUUGACAUGAUUGGACCUGAGAAUGAGAGCUAUAUCACACUGCGUGACCUGAAAGGAUGUAAACUCUCAGGAAGUGUAUUUAAUAUUCUUUUUAACCUUAAUAAGUUUAUGGCCUUUGAAACUCGUGAUCCAUUUCUCAUUCGCCAGGAACGUGAGAAUCCAACAUUGACAGAAUGGGAUCGCUUUGCGCAUAGAGAAUAUAUUAGACUUUCGAUGGAGGAAGAUGUUGAAGAUGCUUCUAAUGGGAGUGCAGAAGUUUGGGAUGAAUCACUUGAGGCUCCUUUCUGAGUUAAGUUAGGUCUUGCCAAGGACGCUCCGGGUUCUUGUAAAUUGGCCAUCUGUCAAAGACACUCUUGAAUUCAUGUAUCAGCUCUUGAAUGAGCUGUGCAGAUACUAUCGACCACAUCAGGCAGAAAUUCUUUGCUUGGCUUUGUGGAAUGGGUUUUUGAUGCGCCGAAGUGACUGUUCAGAUCCCUCUGCAUUAAAAUGAGAAACAAUGAGAGUUACAAAGGAACCUCCCUUUACAUCAUUCAAACUCUCUCCCGGAGGUGAGUAUAUAAUGCCAGAUUGAAGUAAUUCGGAGCAUUUAGUACAAUAUUUGAUUAUUUUUCCUUUUUCGAUUAUCUUUGUAAGAUAUCAUUUAUGUCAUCAUCCCUUUUUAAGUUAGUGGAUCGUUCUUUUAAUACUUCAAAUUGUAUGGUAGUGUGUCCUGGCAGUGCUUUCGGCCAUUUUGGCUCAAAUUCUGGUCAUUUAUAAAUUUGAUUCUAGUUUGUUUCAUCCUUGA